AUGGAGCCGCAACGUUGCAGGACGCGGAGUCGAGCAGAGAUCGCGCUACCCUGUUUACGUUCUGUGCUCGUGCCGAGGAAACAAAGAGAGCUGUUACACCAGAGACAGCCUAGACAGCAAGAAGCGGCAGCAAGUGCGGCAGAGAAACAGCAGCAGCAGCAGAACCAGGACACUGGUACAAGACAGCCCAGUGGACUUCCUGACCCACGGAGCAAGGUGACUACAGUGGGCAUGCUGAUCCAUGGAGGCAAUGACGACUUCUGUGUCCUCCUGCAUACUGGGCAGAAGAUGCCCCUGAUUGGACUGGGCACCUGGAAGAGUGAGCCUGGCCAGAUGAAAGCAGUUGUUAAAUAUGCCCUGAGCAUUGGCUACUGCCACAUUGACUGUGCUGCUAUGUAUGGCAGUGAGACUGAGAUCGGGGAGGCCCUGAAGGAGAACGUGGGACCAGGCAAGAUGGUGCUAAGGGAGGAGCUGUUUGUGACAUCUAAACUGUGGAACACUAAACACCAGCCUGAGGAUGUGGAACCUGCCCUCCAGAAGACCCUGGCCGACCUCCAGCUGGAGUGUUUGGACCUGUACCUGAUGAACUGGCCUUGUGCCUUUGAGCAGGGAGACAACCCCUUCCCUAAGAAUGCGGAUGGGACUAUACGCUAUGACUCCACCCACUACAAGGAGACCUGGAAGGCUCUAGAGGCACUGGUGGCCAAGGGGCUGGUGCGGGCACUGGGUCUGUCCAACUUCAACAGCCGGCAGAUCGAUGAUGUGCUCAGUGUGGCCUCUGUGCGCCCUGCUGUCCUGCAGGUGGAAUGCCACCCAUACCUGGCUCAGAAAGAGCUAAUUGCUCACUGCCAUGCACAUGGUCUGGAGGUGACUGCUUAUAGCCCUCUGGGCUCUUCUGAUCAUGCUUGGGGGGAUCCUGAUGAGCCUGUCUUGCUAGAGGAUCCAAUGGUCCUGGCACAGGUUGAAAAGUAUGGCCGGUCUCCAGCUCAGGUCUUGCUCAGGGGCUCCAGGAGCUCAGAGAAGGCUGCAUGGAGGAUGAAACAAUGCUUAGGAGGACUAACAACUCUUCCUCAUCUACCUCAAUCCCCUGCCUUUGGUGGCAGGUCCAGCGGAAAGUGGUCUCCAUCCCCGAAUCCUUCAGAACAUCCAGGUGUUUGACUUCACCUUCAGCCCAGAAGAGACGAAGCAGUUAGAUGAUCUGAACAAAAAUUGGCGAUGUACUGUGCCCAUGCUUACGUAAAAGACUACAGACUCUGAAUUUUCAAGUGAGACUGCCUUUGUAAGACUGCAUUGCAGGAAGGGAGGGAGUGCUGACCAGUCAGAGGUUAGCACCACCACGUCCCAGCUCCUUACAUCAAAAUUCUUCAUAUGUAAGUACAGUCUAAGACACCUUUCAGAAGUUGCCUUGCCUGCGUGGAGGAGGAGCUGUCUCAUACUUGUGUAGGGAAAAUAAGACCCUGUGACAUUCUGUGGGUAGCUACUUGAGAGAGGGGAGAGAUACCAUAUCUGAAAGAGGACACACUAUUUGUCCAGGAAAAUAUAAUCUAUGAAGUUCUCGUAUUUGUCCAAGGCAUGAAAACAUUGAAAAUCCCUUUAUUGGUUGAGAUUUUAACUUUUAGAGUAUACAUGACAUGUUCUGUUUCUAUGAGAGGUUGCUGUCCUCUUUAUAUUCUUUGUGGAUCAUCCACACUUUGACACCUGUAUGUUCAUGAAACUAUAAAUGUACCCAAUCAGGGUUUUACUCUUGGUUUUGUUCCUCUACUGGUUGGUGGGCCUUUGGUCUCUCAAAAUAUGAUUAGGUUGUUUUAUACAACAUGACAAGCAAGCCCUACCUAGCAUAAUAAAUACAUGGAGACCACAUACUGUUACCAGGAUAAUUAAUCUUUAAUAACUUUUUAAUUACAUUCCACCUCACUCCCUUACAUUGAUCAAAGGGUUGUUCCUUUCUCAAAGGAGAACAGGACUAUUCCUUUAAUUUUAGGGAUCUCUCUUUUCUAUUAACAGGUUGUGUUAAUAAGAGCUCAAGAGCCAUUUGAUUCUGCCAUGAGUGAAAUGAGAUGACACCUCCAUUUGUAGAGACCCAUGGUGUCACUUUUUGCAUUAAAGCCCUACUCUGAUAUUCCAGAGAGAUUACAAUGGCCCUUUCUGCAACCGUCUGUCAGGCAGCAUAGGUGACAUUUCUAAAGAAUAUUGCCUCUUGUGGCCUUGUAGCCCAAGGGUGGUUAUAGCCAACACUCAGAUUUAGGAAGAUGCUUAGGUCUGGUGUACAUCAAGUAUCAAAAAACCCAAAAAGGAAAAGCACUAUUUUUCUUCACGAUCAUAGGAAAAAAAUCACGUGAGGGAGAGAGACUAUAUGAGACAGGAAGGACUUUCCUGAUAAAUAGCAAAGUAUAAUAGUAAAGCGUGGUAAAGACUUCAGAA